GAAAUCGUGCCGAAGAGCACAAAUAUAAUAAACCGAUGAUAGUACGAAAUUAUCAGUGUCGAUCAAAAACGCAGACCGAAAGGUCACCUGAGUCUAUCCGAGUUCGCGGAACACGCAAUAAUCAACGCAUUGUUGCUUAUAUCUUAUUACAACGAAUGUGCAUGUCUACUUGAAAGUCGUACAGAAAGGAGUACGGAAUUGCGGAAAGAUUGACGGAAUGGCAACUAAGGACGUAAAUAAGGAUGUUGAGGACUAUAUCGUCCCUUCGGGAAGCAAGCUGUUUACGAAGGCACAAGUAGCUAAGCAUAACGAUCCCAAGGAUACGUGGAUCAUCAUUCAUAAUAAUGUUUACGAUGUUACGUCCUUCCUCGAUGAGCAUCCUGGGGGCGAGGAGAUACUCGUGGAACAAGGUGGGAACGAUGCCAGUGAGCUAUUUGAAGAUAUCGAGCACUCUAUUGAUGCAAGAAAACUUAUGAAUUCGUUUAAAAUUGGAGAAUUGAUAGAAGAAGAAAAGAGGUAUCAAAAUGUUGAAGAAAUAGAGAGCGAUUGCUCCAGUCAGUUCAAUGAAGCUUCUAAGGAAGAGAAAUCUAAUAAUCGUAUAGAAAAGAGCACGGAAUCGUGGAAAGGUGCUGAGUCAGUCGUCGCAAAUCGUCAUUCGGAGAAGAGUCGUAAAUCUUUCUGGGGAGGACGACUUUGGAAGGAACAUCCAGCGAUUCACGAAAUGGCAACUAAGGACGUGAAGGAUGUUAAGGACGAUACCGCCUCAUCGGGAAGCAAGCUAUUUACGCGGGCAGAAGUAGCCAAACAUGCCGAUCCCAAGGAUACGUGGAUCAUCAUUCAUAAUAAUGUUUACAAUGUUACUUCCUUCCUCAACGAGCAUCCUGGAGGCGAGGAGGUACUCUUGGAACAAGGUGGGAACGAUGCCACUGAGCCGUUUGAAGAUAUCGGGCACUCCACUGAUGCAAGACUAAUGAUGGAGUCGUUUAAAAUUGGAGAAUUGAUAGAAGAAGAAAGGACAAAAGAUAAUGAAAAAAAAGAGAGAGAUUGGUCCAGUGGAGGUGCUGACGAAGACAAUUCUAGUUCUUGGCGGUCCUGGUUGAUCCCGAUCGCCCUUGGGGUGCUCGCGACCCUCGUCUAUCGCUACUUUAUCAGCUCACAUUAAGGCGUUGCGACCUGGAUCUUUUUCUUCGCGUUAUUUACUUGUUACAUACAUGUAUAUCGAUAUCUAUCGCUAUAUGAUCGAUUGUUGUACAUUUUAUCCGAAAUGUAUGUCGCACACUUAUAUUAUAA